CUCUGUGAGGUUUUGGUGUGGGGCCACACCUUGCCCAGCAGGCCAGGACUGUAUCAGUGUCAACGGAGCUCUUCGCUGUGCUGACCCCUGUGAGCAGUACUCAGUUCUGGACGAUGCCUGGCGCUCAACAGGAUACGGCCGUUCCAAUAAGUGUGAUCGGUUUGGUGGGCAGGGAUGGUAUCGUAUGUUCCUGGAUGGGAACAGCACCCAGAUACCAGAGACGUGUGUGGAGGCAAACAGGUGUGGAACCAGGUAUCCUCUGUGGCUCAGUUCCCCUCACCCCCUGCUGGGAGACGGGCUGGUGGAAAUACUACUACUACUGGAGUGGGUGGAUGGACACCUGCUGCUACUACAGACAGAAUAUCCAUGUGAAAUCCUGUCCUGGCAACUACUACGUCUACAAGUUGGUCCAGCUGGAUAAUUGUUACUCUGCUUAUUGUGCAGCUGUUCCCACGACAACUCCAGCUGUUCCCACGACAACUCCAGCUGUUCCCACAACAAACUCUAGCUCUGUGAGGUUUUGGUGUGGGGCCACACCUUGCCCAGCAGGCCAGGACUGUCUCAGUGUCAACGGAGCUCUUCGCUGUGCUGACCCCUGUGAGCAGUACUCAGUUCUGGAUGAUGCCUGGCGCUCAACAGGAUACGGGCGUGCCGAAAACUAUGAUUAUCAUAGGUUUAGUGGGCACAGAUGGUAUCGUAUGUUCCUGGAUGGGAACAGCACCCAGAUGCCAGAGACGUGUGUGGAGGUAAACAGGUGUGGAACCAGGGUUCCUCUGUGGCUCAGUUCCCCUCACCCCCUGCUGGGAGACGGGGUGGUGGAAGGUGAUGUCUGUGGACACUACAUAAAAUACUACGACUGGAGCACACAUGGGAACAGACGGGAGGACGACUGCUGCAACUACAGACAGAAUAUCCAUGUCAAGUCUUGUCCUGGCAACUACUACGUCUACAAGUUGGUCCCAUCGGAUUACUAUUACUCUGCUUUUUGUGCAGCUGUUCCCAAGACAACUCCCGCUGUUCCCAUGACACCCUCCAGCUCUGUGAGGUUUUGGUGUGGGGCCACACCUUGCCCAGCAGGCCAGGACUGUCUCAGUGUCAACGGAGCUCUUCGCUGUGCUGACCCCUGUGAGCAGUACUCAGUUCUGGAUGACGCCUGGCGCUCAACAGACAACGGCUUUUCCUCUAACUGUGAUGCUUGGAGAGGCUGGCAGGGAUGGUAUCGUAUGUUCCUGGGGGGCACCAGUGUCCAGAUGCCAGAGACGUGUAUGGAUAGGAACAGGUGUGGAACCAGGUAUCCUCUGUGGCUCAGUUCCCCUCACCCCCUGCUGGGAGACAAUGUGGUGGAACGUGAUGUCUGUGGACGCUGGAGUUCCGACUGCUGCUACUACGGAAAAAAGAUCCAUGUGAAAGCCUGUCCUGGCAAUUACUACGUGUACAAGUUGGUCCAAUUGGAGUUUUGUUACUCUGCUUAUUGUGCAGACCCCAAGACUAAAGUCUGUGCAACAUGUGAAGAGUACGAGGACUGUGUGAGUCACAAUAACGUCACCUGGGCUUGUGAGAUAAGAGUCAUCCCAGAGCUGGUGUGUGGGAGGAGCUUCCUGGAUGUGGGUCUCCUCAAGUCUCAGCUGGCAGCCAAACAUCUGCACUCCUCCUCUGUUCACCUGGUCAACGCCCGCUGCUCCUCCUCCCAGGAGAUUAAUGGGACGGUGUGGUUCCAGAUGGAGCGCUGGGAGGGCAGCUGUGGAACCACUCUGACGACCAACGGCAGCCACCACAUCUACUCCAACAGUCUGUUUGUCUACCCGGUCAGUGAGACCUUGGUUCGACCCCUGAGGAUCCCUUUCUCCUGCUCCUAUCCUCUGGAGACAGUGGCAAGCCUGGAUGUGGCCAUUAAACCAUACCUGGAGUAG